GCGGCGGGCGCUUCCUUUCCUCCUCGCUCGGCCCUCCGACCGGCCAUGGCUCCCGCCGGCGACCGCGCCGGCUACUGGGGCCCGCCGACGUCCACCCUCGACUGGUGCGAGGAGAACUACGUCGUUUCCUCCUACAUCGCCGAGUUCUGGAACACCGUUAGCAACUUGAUUUUCAUUCUCCCUCCCAUCUAUGGUGCAAUUCAGAGUUACAAAGAUGGCCUUGAGAAGCGAUAUAUAAUGGCAUACUUGUGCGUCACAGCCGUGGGCCUGGGCUCCUGGUGCUUCCACAUGACCCUGAAGUAUGAGAUGCAGCUGUUGGACGAGCUGCCCAUGAUCUACAGUUGUUGCAUUUUUGUCUACUGCCUGUACGAGUGUUUCAAGUACAAGAAAACAAUCAACUACCCCCUCAUCUUUCUACUACUAGCCUACAGCAUUGGCGUUAGCAUAGUAUACCUAAACUGGAAACAGCCUGUAUUUCAUCAGGGUUUACCCCUGGCUCCGAGGGCUGGGAUACACAUCCCUGACCGUCUUUUUGUUGGGGUUCCUCCUCUGGAACGUGGACAAUAUUUUCUGCGAGAAACUGAGGUAG